AUGAAUUAUAACAUAUAUCUAGGAAAAUUCUGCGUAAAACCAAAAAUUAUAAAACAAGAAAUAUUAAAAGAUUGGAGAGACUGCUUAAAUAGUUUAAAUAAUUAUGAAGAUUAUCAUAUUGCAACAUAUGAUAGAAAUAAUAUAUGUUCUGUUAUUGAUUCAACUUUUUCUAAUUGGAAUGAAAUUAUAAAUGAUGAGGAUAAAUUCUGUUUGCUCAAAGAUUCUAAUAUGAUGAUACUUAUAAAAAAUGUUUCCAACAGUAAAUGUACAAGUACAUGCUUACAUGAGAAAAAAUUUAGUAAGUGGAGUAGUUGCAAUGAUUUAGGAAAAGAAAGUUAUAAAAUAAGAGUUAAAGGUAUUUUGUCUAAACCAUAUGGAUUAGAUGAUUGUUUUGGUACAUUACAAAAGAAAAAUUGUUUUAACAAAGAAAUAGUAACUGGUGAUUUUUUGAAUGAUACGGCAAGUUGUUCUUUUAAUUUUUCUAUGCAUAUUGAUAAAUGCUCCCAAAUAUGUAAUGGUAAUAUUGAUAUAAAUCUUAGUCUAUUUAGAAUUUUGCAUAAAAAUGUUGAUAAUUAUGGCCUUUCUUGUCCUACAAAUGAAAAUAUAAUUUUAGUAGAGUUUUGCAAAUACUGUGAAAAAAAAAAAGAAAAAAAAAGAGAUAAUAAUAAUAACAAUAAAGUUAGUCUAGCAGAUCUUAAAAGACAUGAAGAUUUUUCUAUUAAUAGUAGUGAAAAUUAUAAAAAACGUAGUAUACAAAAGUUUUCCCCUCAAUAUACAUUAAGUUCAAGUUUGGACUCCGGUUUGAAUAUUAAUAAAAAUAAAUUUAGUUUUGUAUCAUUAUAUUCAAAAAAUAAUACUUCCGAUACUAUUCCUAUGAAUUUUCUUAUACAUAAUUCAGUUAUGAAUAUAACAGAUAAUGAAUAUGAUAAAUUAAUGAAAGAAGGAAGUGUAAAAAUAUAUAAAGAUAAUCACAUAGUUGAUUAUAAGUAUGAAGAUUUUGAAAUAAAAGAUGAGAACGAAAUUAAUGAAAAUAAAGAAAAAGACAAUAACAAGGAUAAUAUUUAUGAACAAAUAGAUGACAAUAACACUUCUGAAAAACAAUCGGAAGAUAAUUAUAAAAACCAUAAGAAAUAUAUUAAAGAUGAUGAUAUUAUAAAAUAUGCAAUUAUUAUUUCAAUAUUUCUCAUAUUAUUAUUGAUAAUUUUCAUUAUAUAUUAUUUUAAUCUUAUACGAAAAAUUAAAGGGAUAUUAUUCAAAAAAAAAAGAAAACCUAAUAAAUCAAUGACUAUAGCUGCUGAAAAAUCAACAGGAAUUUAUAUUGAUGAUUCAUUUGCAGAAACUACAAAUGUUUAA